UAAAAGUACAUGUGCUUUCAGAUUGUGAUGAAAAUUCAAACCCGUUCGAAGAGAUGAGCGGUGUGUUUCAAGAAAACUUUACAAAAGCAUUUAACGGAAACAGCAUACACUGUGCAAAUAAUAACCAGCCUGGCGGAAUUAGCAAGAAAAGAAAGAUAGAGGAAACCAUGGACGCAACGGGAGAGCGGUUGUUCAUAAGAGGGCGUUCGUUUCUACCAGUACGUGGAGGCUGUGACGUCUUUUCAACGGAAGACUGGAAGCCUACUGGUACCUCAUUGUUCUGUCCCGUUAAACAAGAUGUCUAUGUUAAUCUUCAUAAAUAUGACCAAAUAACAGCGGCGCAAGGAUCUUUCUUCACUGCCGACGAAGGCGGAGAUUUUCAAAGCUCGGUAGUUGGUCACGUGAUACAUUUAUGGAGGUUUGACAAAGUACAAAGGAAACAAUAUAUUUCACAAUCAUUUCUAUUUACAAACCAGCAGGAAUUCAUGAGAGUGCAAACGUUUUUACAAAAUAUCUGAGAGUUACAGAAAUGACUGGCUGGUUCAAAAUAUUUUGAUGAGCAGUGUGUGAGAAAAACGUUUGUAACGGGUUUAUAAUGGUGCAGCAAUAUUGUAUAUUUAGAUAUUGCAGUACUAAUUACAAGUGAUAGUGGUAUUAUUCGGAAAAAAGUCACUUAAUAUAAUCAUGUAACAUGACAUAAUACUUAAGCUAUUGUCAGUUAUAACUACAAGUAUUUACCCGGCUAUAAGACGGGAAUUUUUUCUUCCAUUUUGAAGACAAAAGUGUUUCUUCGUCUUAUGAGCGGAUCAAUGAUGUUAGCUUAAAUUUUUCUUAAAAUCUUCAAAGGGACUAUGUCUCUUCUUUACUGUCGACGAUACAUAGAUACUGCCAAUACACUCUGUUGUUUAUUUUUAAUGAAUGCUUACAGAAUGUCUUGGUUUGCUUAUAAUAUCUGAAAUGGGCUUCACAGUCUUACUAAAAAUAAUUUAGGUACAAGAAAACUCAAUAAAAAGAUACCUAUGAUGAACAGUAAGAUUUUGUCAAACUGCAGAAUGGUAUUGGAACCGUGGAUUAUUGCAUUUUCUCUAGAUCAGUAGCAUAUCCAUACUUUACUAAACUGGGUUUAUACCAUGAACUAUCGCACUGAAGCCAUGUCAGUUUAUGUAAAUUACUGUUAUUAGAAAAAGUUGGGAGAACACCAUCUAACAUUCAUAGCAUUGAAAGGGAAUUUAUUUGAUGAAAAAAAAGUCAUUUUACCAUGUUAUUCUUAUAUGCAUGUAUAUUAUAUACAUACAUAUAUAUUAACCCUUUCGCUGCCAGAGGGUUAUUGUUUUAUUGAUCACCUAUUUGCCAGAGGGUUUUCUAAGAAAUUACUAUAUUAUUAAUUAAUAUAAUUAUUAUUAUUUGUUAUUAGUAUUAUAAUAAUUAUAUAUGUUUCCAGAUCUGUGAGUAUAAUAAUAAUUAUUGUCGAUGGUAUAAUUUUCUCUAUAUUUAUUAUUAUUUUUAUUAUAAUUAUUAUUAAUUUAUUAUUAUCAUUACUACUAUUAUUAUAGAAACGGCAUAAGCCAUUCCUAUGGCAGUGAAAGGGUUAAUUAGUGACAACGAAAAUUGACUUGUCUCACAAGAAUAAUUCUUAUCAAGUUUGUAGAAAGUUGUCUCCCUUUACUGAUUAGCUUUAUGGAGAUUGUGAUAAAGGAAAGUUCGGAAACUGUCUGUUAAGACUACUUCAGUUCUAGGAAAUGAAAAAAAAUGACCUUAUUUAACAGGUAGUCUGCAAAAACAGGCCACCUAACUUUUUUUUUACAAAUAUGGAUAUAAAAGGUCACCUUCCGAGACAUUACAUAAAGACCAAAUAUAACACUUUAUAUGUCAACUGGUGACCGUACAAUUUCUGAAUAACUCAAUUCUAAAUAAAUUGUAUAUGAUUUAUUUAGAAUUGAGUAAUUCAGAAAUUGUAUGGUCACCAGUUGACAUAUAAAGUGUUAUAUUUGGUCUUUAUGGAAGGUUUCUCUAUAGAGAAUUUAUAUAAAAAAAUUAUGUACAUAUAUGUUCAUCAAGGUUCAUGUGAUUUAAAGUAUCCAUUGUCAUCACUUUUAUAAUAUUUGUGUUUUGAAUGUAUUUUUUAUAAAAUUAUUAAAGAUAAAAAUGAA